AUGGGCAAAAAAUCAAAAUCAUCCUCCAAGAUGGAGGAGAAGACUAGCAAGCCCGCUGUCACUCUUCCCUUCGGUGGUGCAUCUCUGGACCCAACAUUGUCCUCCCUUUUUGCGCAAAGUGCUGGUCCCGUGCAAGCCCCGGUGAUCAAAUAUGUCGAGCCCAUCCAACGGGCGAGGAAGGAGGAAGAUGAUGCUGAGGAGGAUGAUCUAUCAUCUGCGUCAGGCGAUGAAGAAAUGGAGGACGCUACUGAGGAAAGCGACUCUGAGGUUAUAGAGGAAAAAGAACAACCUACCGACACACAGAACCGGAAACGCAAGCGUGGCGCUGCCGCAGAGGAGGUCGAAGAGACAUAUAUGCGUCGCAUUGCAAAGGAGGAGGAAAAGGACGAGGAAAAGAGGAAGUCUGAGCAUGCAAAACGCCAAAAACAGACCGAAGAAGAGGCAGAAGAAGAAGGUAGCGGUGAUGAUGAAGACGAGAAAGCUGAGGACUCCGACAAAGCAUCGGCAUCAGAAGACAGCGACGAAGAGGAAACCGCUCCUGCGCCUGUACACGAGAGUCUGACUGGAUCCGCCAAGGCUGAUGAGGUUGAGAAAUCCAACCGCACUGUCUUCCUUGGCAACGUUUCUACUGAGGCUAUCAAGUCCAAGACCGCCAAGAAGACACUUCUUAGGCACCUGGCCUCUUUCUGUUCAACCCUUCCUGAAUCCACCGGCCCACACAAGAUUGAGUCGAUCCGUUUCCGCUCUGUUGCGUUCGCCAGUGGCGGUGGUAUUCCUAAGCGUGCUUCCUUCGCAAAGCGCGAGAUUCUCGAUGAGACUACACCCAGCACUAACGCCUACGCUGUCUACACCACUCUCCACGCCGCACGCAAGGCCCCCGCCGCGUUGAAUGGUACCAUGGUUUUGGACCGUCAUUUGCGAGUUGACAGCCUUGCUCACCCCGCAGAAAUCGACCACAAGCGCUGCGUCUUUGUUGGAAACCUUUCUUUCAUCGACAGUGAGACUCCCGAAGAGGACGAGAAGACUGGCAAGAAGAAGAAGGCUCGUGCUCCUGCCGAUAUUGAGGAGGGUCUCUGGCGGAUUUUCAAUGCCCACACUGGAGGCAAGGACAAGAAAGCCACCAAGAAGAACGUCGAGUUCGUCCGCGUGAUUCGUGACAGCACCACUCGUGUUGGCAAAGGAUUCGCCUAUGUCCAGUUCUACGAUGGAAAUGGUGUUGAGGAGUCCCUCCCACUGAACGGAAAGAACUUCCCGCCCAUGCUUCCCCGCAAGUUGCGUGUCACACGUGCCCGCAAGAUCGUUAAGAAGCGCGAACCUUCCGGCCCCGAGGCCAAGAAGUCUCGUGUAGACGAGGCCCAAAAGACGAUGCAAGGACGUGCUAAUAGGCUACUGGGCCGAGCGGGUGCAGCUAAGGUCAAAGCUGAGGCUAACAGUACCAUUGCCGGUAACUCUUUCGUAUUUGAGGGUCACCGUGCUACGGAGGGAUCAUCAUCCAUCAAGAUGAAGCAAAAGAGCCGUGGCUCGAAGGCCAAGCGAGAAAGUAGAAGCAGCAAGCGUGCUGCUGCAUACAAAGCUGCAGGUGGCAGAAGGGGUUGA